CGCUUUGUUUCCUUCUUCCUUUUGCUUUUUGCUUCUUUGCUUCGUUUGGCUGCGAAAGUGAGAGAGAUCGAAGAGAAGGCGAAAAUGGCGUGUACGCAUGACCACAGCUGCGAAGAUCACGAUUGUUCUUCUAAUUGGUCUCUUUACAAGCACAUCGACCUUGCCAAGGUAACUGCUCUAAAUGAGGCUAAUCCAGGAAGUGUUAAAUCGGUGUUUAAAGCUUGGGAGGACCGAUUGAAUUCUUCUGGGGAACACUUGGAAAGCAAUGAGGGUGAUCCUGAGUUACUUGUUUAUAUCCCAUUUACAUCAGAUGUGAAGAUCAAGAGCAUAUCAGUUGUUGGCGGUGCUGAUGGAACAAGUCCUUCUAAGAUGAGAGUGUUUAUAAAUCGAGAAGGCAUUGACUUCUCUGAUGCUCAAGGCAUGCAACCUGUGCAGGAGUGGGAUUUGGUUGAAAAUUUGCAAGGAGUGUUAGAAUAUCAGACAAGGUAUUCAAAAUUUCAAAGUGUGGCAAGUAUUACAUUGCAUUUCCCUGAGAGUUUUGGUGGUGACACAACUCAAAUUCACUACAUUGGUUUUAAAGGUGAAGCCACACAGUUGAAGAGGGAUGUUGUUGCAACAAUUGUUUAUGAAAUUACACCCAAUCCGUCCGAUCACAAGACCCGGGCUGAAACUGGUGGAGGCCUUUCUCAAGUGGAGUAAAGAAUCUGUCCUACCUCUGGGUGUUCUUGUGAAGAAUCUUACCGCUCCUUACAUACAUUCUAUGAUGAAAAUUACACAAAUGUUAAUAUAGCUGAUGCAGAAUCCCCCUACCCAUCGGUUUCUUCUUUUCUUUUAUUUCCAUCAUGUUAUCAAAGAAUUUAUGCUUCAUAUACUGCAGGAAGGUUGAAAUAGCUAAUAUUUGAAGUUUGAACUGAGAAGAGUCAAAUUGUGCAA